AUGGACGGCAUCAAGCGGAAAAUCGAUAACAUGCGUCAGGAGAUCGAGGAUGGCCAGUCAAAGAUCGAAGAACAAAAGGCCCGCAUUAAAGAUUUAGAGCAAGAAAACCUAGCCAAAGAACAAGAGGUAACCUCUCUCACCCACCGGAACCAGCUACUUGAGCAGCGGGUAGAGACUCUCGAAGUCACCCUCAAGGAGGCCAAGGCCAAAGCGAGCGAGGCGGCUCAAGACAGUUCACAGAAUGAGGCCCUGCAGCGCCGUAUACAACUCAUGGAGGAAGAGGCCGAGCAGACCGACAAGACCCUCAGAGAAACCAACGAGAAGCUACGCCAAACGGACGUCAAGGCCGGACACUUCGAACGCAAAGUCCAGGCUCUCGAGGCCACACGCGAGCAAUGGGAGACCAAGUACGAGGAGAUGUCGAAGCAGUACGCUGCUGUCAAGGAGGAGCUCAAGGAGCUGGAACGGUCUAUCAGCGAUGUCUAG